AGCUUGUCUCGAUCUAAGGCUCCCCCUGUGUCUGUUACCCUAGACGAGCUACGGUCAUUAGUCGGUCGCUCAGAAAUACCCGGAAGACCCGAUUUCGGACCUGCUUCAAAGCCCGAUCAUAUCCCUGGCCAACUAAAUCCUUAGAUCUGCAUUCGCAACGAAAGGAGCGACUAGUCGCAGGUUCAAGGAUUCGAAGCAACGCGUUCCUUUUUUCCCGUCUCGAGACUUAUACCAUUUAUCCAGGCUGUGCCACCAUGACAGGCUGGAAGCGUGCUCGAUUUUGAGGCAAUGUCCAUCGUCCCACAGUGUCAGCAAUUCGGAGAACAGCAUGACACCGAGUAGUGAAUGAUAGCCGGGAUCUGUCCAACAUACGCAAUAUGGCCAAUGUCACAGCGGCUGAGCCUCCGCCAGGACAGACGUACGACUUCGACUACUCCAAUCCUCACUUAUACAGGGCCAAUGUGGCGAUUAUCGCCGUCGGUCUGACCCUGAGUACAAGCUGUCUCGCUGUGCGAGUAUUUACUAAGGCACAGUUGCUGCACAAGUUCGGAUGGGACGACGGAUCGAUCAUUCUGGCCUGGCUGUUCGCCUUAGGAACUCAGGCAUGCUCACUUUACGGCUACCGUCACGGAGGCAUGGGCCUUCACAUCUGGAAUCUUUCUCCAGCAAUAUAUGAAUCAUACAUCAAGGUCGUCCUCACAGCAGCCAUCAUCUACGUCCCAGCGCUUGCACUCGCUAAGAUAAGCCUGAUCAUUCUUUACUACCGCAUCCUAUGUCAAGAACGCUACCAGCAAUGGGCGUUAUCCACUCUCGCUUUCAUCGUCAGCAGAUACAGCGUAGCCCUGAUCUUCGCAUUCAUUUUCGGCUGUCACCCCAUCCAGAAGGCAUGGAGUCCAGGACUCACGGGCUACUGCAUCGACCAGUACGCACUUUACGUCGCCACCGCAGUGUUGAAUAUCAUCACAGACGUUGCAUUGAUUCUAUUUCCAGUCCCCACAGUCAUAGGUUUGAACAUGCCAACGAUACAGAAGAUAGGGUUGCUCUUCAUGUUCAUGGUUGGUUGCGCAACCUUGGUGACCGGGGUCAUUCGUUUGAUAACCCUUAUCCCUUUCCUUAACUCUAGCGAUCCGACCUAUAGCAUCGGCUGGCCGGACUUGUGGAUUAAUAUCGAAGCCAACUUCAUCAUCAUCUGCCCCUGCUUACCGUUCAUUCGUCAUCUCCUCCGUCGUUAUGCGCCCCGCCUGAUCGGCGAGCAUAGCAGUCUCGCGCGUCGCUACAUGCAGAACUACACCUACAAUUAUACCCGGGAAAGCACGCGGGCACGACGGAAAGAAGGACUCACCCAGUUGCAGGACGAGAUCGAACUCGCCGAGAACGGCAACGUGCGGAUUGUGAAAGAGAUCCAGUGGGAGAUCACGACGGAGGUGACGACUGCUGUUCACGGGCAUGAAUCCGAGGGGGAGAUGAACCGGCAUAGUGCCCUCUUCAGGGGAGACUAGUAGGAAGCUCGCUCUGUAU